UUGUAUUGCCUCUGCAAUCUACUCGCGGAACGAAGAGAAGCAGCAUCUCUCCGUCGUUCUACAUUCGUUUUCUCUACCCCCUUAUCCUUGUAUUUCUCCUCGCACAAUGGCCAGAAACGUGGUUUCCGACGGUGAAGACGAUGUGGAGCUCGAAGAUGAGGAGGAGCGGGAACCUGAGGGAGACGUCGUUGAGGGCGAAGACGAUGAGGAUGAAGAAGAAGAGGAAGGGCAAGAUGAAUAUGAAAAUGAUGGGUUUAUAGUAGAUGAUUAUGAGGAUGAUGAGCAAGAAGAAGAAGAGAGGGCAGAUAGUGAUGGAGAAAGGCAAAAGAAGAAGAAGAGAAAGAAGAAAAGGGAAGAAGAGAGUCUUGAUGAAGAGGACUAUGAGCUUCUUCGUGAAAAUGAUGUUAAUGUCAAUCUACCCAAGGGAAGCAAGAAAUUUAAGCGGCUGAAGAAGGCUCAGAGGGAUUCUGACGAGGAGCGAUUUGGGCCUUCUGAUGAGGAGCUUGAUGGGAGUGGAGUGGCUGGAAGAACUGCUGAGGAAAAGCUUAAACGCAGCUUAUUUGGUGAUGAUGAAGGAGUACCACUUGAAGAUAUUGCUGAAGAGGAAGAGCAGAUGGAAGAAGAAGAGUAUGGAGACAUUGGUGAUGAGGAUGAAAUGGCAGACUUUAUUGUAGAUGAAGAAGAAGUAGAUGAGCAUGGAGCUCCUGUGAGACGUAAGAAGUUGAAGAGAAAGAAAUCCAGGCAGGCACCAGGAGUUUCAUCGUCUGCUUUACAGGAAGCUCAUGAAAUAUUUGGUGAUGUUGAUGAACUCCUGCAGCUUCGCAAGCAAGGCUUAGAUUCUGCUGAAUGGAGGGAGAGAAGACUUGAAGAUGAGUUUGAACCUACUGUUCUUUCUGAAAAGUACAUGACUGAAAAGGAUGACCAGAUUAGGAUGACUGAUAUUCCAGAAAGAAUGCAGAUUUUUGAGGAAAGCACUGGUACUCCUCCUAUGGAUGAGAUUAGCAUAGAAGAAGAAAGCACCUGGAUAUAUAAUCAACUUUUGAGUGGUGCAGUACCAUUAUUUGGCAAAGUGAAGGAUAUCAGCAGGGAUGAAAUGAUUGAUAAAGUAAAAAUAAACAGGGAUGACAUCAUGAAAUUUCUGGAACUAUCACAUGUGCAGAAGUUAGAUAUCCCCUUUAUUGCCAUGUACCGCAAGGAGCUGUGUCCUAGUUUACUAAAAGAUCUUGACCAAGAGGAGGAUGGCAAUCAGGAUAAAUCUGAGACACCUAAGAUAAGGUGGCACAAGUUACUUUGGGCAAUUCAGGACCUGGACAGAAAAUGGCUGCUUCUCCAGAAGCGAAAGAUUGCCCUUCAUUUAUACUAUAACAACCGAUUUGAAGAGGAAUCUAGGCGUAUAUAUGAUGAAACAAGACUUACCUUAAAUCAACAACUUUUUGAAUCAAUUCUUAGAGCUUUGAAGGAUGCUGAAUCCGAAAGAGAAGUUGAUGAUGUUGAUGCUAAGUUUAACUUGCAUUUCCCCCCUGGUGAGGCUGGUGUGGAUGAAGGGCAGUACAAGAGGCCCAAGAGGAGAUCACUAUAUAGUAUCUGCUUCAAGGCUGGUCUGUGGGAGGUUGCAAGCAAGUUUGGAUAUAGUGCUGAGCAACUUGGUUUGAAGUUAAUGUUGGUAAAGAUGGGUGAUGAAUUGGAGGAUGCUAAAGAGACACCAGAGGAGAUGGCUUCAAACUUCACAUGUGCAAUGUUUGAAAGCCCUCAAGCAGUCCUUAAAGGGGCCAGGCACAUGGCUGCAGUUGAGAUAAGUUGUGAGCCAUCCAUCAAGAAAUAUGUUCGCUCUUUGUAUAUGGAGAACGCUGUUGUAUCGACCAGUCCUACUGCUGAUGGAAAUGCAGCAAUAGAUUCUUUUCAUCAGUUUUCAGGUGUAAAAUGGUUGCGUGAGAAGCCACUGAGUGAAUUUGGGGAUACACAAUGGCUCCUUAUCCAAAAGGCUGAAGAGGAGAAGCUCCUUCAGGUUCACUUUAAGCUGCCAGAAGAGCACUUGAAUAAGUUGAUAAAUGAGUUUGAUGUCUACCUCAGUGAUGGUGUUAGCAAAUCUGCUCAGCUGUGGAAUGAGCAGAGGAAGUUGAUACUGCAGGAUGCACUUUUUGUUUUUCUUUUGCCCUCAAUGGAGAAAGAAGCAAGAUCCUUGUUGGCAAGUAGAGCCAAGAACUGGUUACUCCUGGAAUAUGGAAAGGCUUUGUGGAAUAAAGUUUCAGUGGGGCCAUAUCAGAGGAAGGAUAAUGAUAUUAAUUCUGAUGAGGAAGCUGCACCACGUGUCAUGGCCUGCUGUUGGGGCCCUGGAAAGCCAGCUACCACAUUUGUGAUGUUGGAUUCAUCUGGGGAGGUUCUUGAUGUGCUUUACACUGCGUCACUUAUUUUACGUUCUCAAAAUGUUAAUGAUCAGCAACGCAAGAAAAAUGACCAGCAGCGUGUUUUGAAAUUCAUGAGUGAUCACCAACCUCAUGUUGUCGUUCUUGGAGCUGUGAACCUCUCCUGCACAAAGCUGAAGGAUGAUAUUUAUGAGAUCAUCUUUAAGAUGGUGGAGGAAAAUCCUAGAGAUGUUGGGCAUGAGAUGGAUGAACUAAGUAUUGUAUAUGGUGAUGAAUCUCUGCCCCGUCUAUAUGAAAAUUCUCGGAUUUCGUCAGAUCAACUUCCUGGGCAGCCAGGCAUUGUUAAGCGGGCAGUAGCCCUUGGGCGAUAUCUUCAAAAUCCAUUGGCAAUGGUUUCAACACUGUGUGGACCUGGGAAGGAGAUUUUAUCCUGGAAGCUUUGUCCUUUAGAGAACUUUCUAAACCCGGAUGAGAAGUAUGGAGUGGUUGAACAAGUUUUGGUUGAUGUGACAAAUCAAGUGGGCCUUGAUAUUAAUUUGGCCAUAAGUCAUGAAUGGUUAUUUGCUCCUUUGCAAUUUAUUUCUGGGCUCGGUCCCAGAAAAGCAGCAUUUUUGCAGAGAUCCCUGGUAAGAGCAGGAGCAAUUUUCAUUCGGAAGGACUUUUUGCAAGCCCAUGGACUUGGUAAAAAAGUGUUUCUCAAUGCAGUUGGCUUUCUGCGGGUUCGCCGCAGUGGGCAGGCUGCCAGCAGCAGCCAGUUCAUUGAUUUGCUGGAUGAUACAAGAAUACAUCCGGAAUCCUAUGGUCUGGCUCAAGAGUUGGCAAAAUUUGUGUUUGAUCGUGAUGUUGGUGAUGCCAAUGAUGAUGAAGAAGCGUUAGAGAUAGCAAUUGAGCAUGUUAGAGAUCGGCCUAAUUUGCUGAAAGCCUUUGCUAUUGAUUUAUAUAUUGAUCAACAUGUUGAAGAGGAAAAACGAGAGAAUAAGAGAGAGACUUUUUAUGAUAUAAGAAGGGAAUUGGUGCAGGGUUUUCAGGAUUGGCGUAAACAGUAUAAAGAACCAAGUCAAGAUGAGGAAUUCUAUAUGAUUUCCGGUGAAUCUGAGGAUACACUUGCUGAAGGCCGAAUUGUGCAAGCUACUGUUCGCAGAGUGCAAGGUGGAAGGGCUAUCUGUGCACUUGAAUCUGGAUUGACUGGAAUGCUUAUGAAAGAAGACUAUUCUGAUGAUUGGAGGGAUAUUGUUGAGUUGUCUGAUCAGUUGCAUGAAGGUGACAUUCUGACCUGCAAGAUUAAAUCAAUCCAAAAGAACAGGUAUCAAGUUUUCCUGGUUUGUAAAGAGAGUGAAAUGAGAAACAACAGAUAUCAGCAUGCUCGAGAUGUUGAUCCAUACUACUAUGAAGACCGAAGUGCUCUAGAGAAUCAGCAAGAGAAAGCUCGCAAAGAAGAAUUGGUAAAGAAGCAUUUUAAGGAAAGGAUGAUAGUCCAUCCCCGCUUCCAAAACAUUACUGCUGAUGAAGCCAUGAAGUAUUUGUCUGACAAGGAACCUGGAGAAAGCAUUUUCCGGCCCAGUCUACGGGGACCUUCUUAUUUGACUUUGACUCUUAAAAUUCAUGAUGGAGUUUAUGCUAACAAAGAUAUUGUUGAGGGUGGGAAGGAGCAUAAGGAUAUUACCAGCCUACUUCGGAUUGGAAAGACGUUAAAAAUUGGGGAAGACACUUUUGAGGAUCUGGAUGAGGUAAUGGAUCGAUAUGUUGAUCCCUUAGUGGCUCACCUGAAGGCAAUGCUGAGUUAUCGCAAGUUUAGAAUGGGAACUAAAGCAGAUGUUGAUGAGCUCCUAAGGAUUGAAAAAUCAGAAUUCCCAAUGAGGAUAGUUUAUUGUUUUGGCAUCUCUCACGAACAUCCAGGCACAUUCAUUCUGACUUACAUACGGAGUACAAAUCCGCACCACGAGUAUGUUGGCCUGUAUCCCAAGGGAUUCAAGUUCAGGAAAAGGAUGUUUGAGGACAUCGAUCGUCUUGUUGCAUAUUUCCAGAGGCAUAUUGAUGAUCCCCAGCAUGAGUCAGCACCAUCAAUCAGAUCUGUUGCAGCAAUGGUACCAAUUCGAAGCCCUGCAAGUGGAGGCUCUUCGGGCAGUGGUUGGAGUGGUUCAACCAAUGAGAGUGGGUGGAGAGCCCGAUCUUUUGACAGGGAUCAAUCUUCUACACCAGGAUCAAGGACAGGCAGGGGUGAUUAUAGAAGUAACGGUAACAGGGAUGGACAUCCAAGUGGGAUACCAAGACCAUAUGGUGGUCGUGGUGGUGGUCGAGAUUCAUAUAAUAGCAACAGAGGAAAUAACUCGACACAGGGGUCUUCUGCUUAUGAUACCGGUCCCAAAUGGGAUUCAGGUGCCAAAGUGAGCGGAGAUGGUUGGGGCAAUUUCCCAGGUGCUAAAGUUCAAAACUCACCCGGCAAGGAAGCUUUUCCUGGUGGUUGGGAUGGUAGUGCUACCGAUAACAACAAUUCUGGCUGGGCGGGUUCUGCAUCCAAGAGAAGUUCUGGGGGUUGGUGAAAAUCAUUGAAACCUCCCAAUAGAGCUUUAGGGCUUAGCCAGGGGAUUUAGAAUCUACUCUAGCUUAUGGUCAAGUGAUCGAUACAUUUGUGUAAAUAUGGGGUUUUGUUAGCUUUAGGACUUAAGAGAAACUUGCCAUUGGCAUCCCUAAUUGCAUCCCCCCUGUUCUUAAGGCAGUGUUUCUAACGGGGAUAUAGAUUCAGUUUUCUGUCUCUUCACCUUUUACGUUUAAAAUUUCGAUGUUUGAAUCCAUCUCAAAUCCUUCAAAUAAACCCUACUGCAUUAUGCAGUGUACUGAUUCGAUAUCUUGAGAGGGUUGGAUCUAUCGUCUUGUUACACAAGGAAAUUUAAAUGUUUUUUUUUUUUUGGAGUACAUUGCCGUCCCGCUGUGCUACACAAAGAAAUUUAAUUUUUGUAU